AUGUAAAGAGCCUUUAAAUUCUUCAGAAAAAUCGAUUCAUUUGGAGUUGACUUUAAUCCUGCUAUUAACAACAAAAUGAGUUUUAGUUAUAAAACUAUAUUGGGAGGAAUUUUUACUUUGAUAAUUUAUUCACUUAGUGCAGCUUAUUUUGUAUAUGAAAUGUACAGAUGGAUGAAUAUGGAUAUGGUUCCUAUUGUUACUACAGAAAUUCAUAGUUUUAAUGAUGAUAUUGAAAAUCUCUUAGAUGAAUCUAAUGCAUCGAUUGAAUUUGAAAUUUAUAAUACAGCAAAUGAAAAGGAAUUGGUUAAUCCAUUUAAUUAAACUUAACUUGUUUUAACUCCAAUAUUGAAGAAUUAUUCUAAUGGAAAAGAGUAGGCAGUCGGAUAUAAUUUUUCUUAAUAUGUGGCUGAAAACGUAUUUUCUCCAAAAUUGAGAUUAAAUUCAAAAAGUGAAUAUUAAAUUUCUUUUGCUAGAUGUACAAAAGAUAUGUUAGUUGAGGGUUAAGAAUGUGCUAGUUAAGAUAUUAUGAAUGAUUUUUUUAAUUAAAGUGGAAAUGAAUUAUAAGUUAAUGUAAUUUUGAAAAUAGUUGAUCCUAGAACAUUUAUGGAAAGAUAAAUAAAAAAAACAUAUGCAAUGAUUUUAGAAGAAAUAGAAUGUUAAAUCACUAAAAUAAGCAUGGAGUAUACACAUUAUUAGAUAUAUAAAGAUUUCAUAUUUCCAACUCCACUUAAUAAAAUUUUUGUAAGUGAAACAGUUGAAUAGACAACAUAUGGAACUAAAGAUUAUUGUUCUAAAAGAUUUGUUGAAGAAAGUUAUGCUUUAUUAUGGAUUACAACAUCUUAAGUUGCCUAUGUUUAAAGAAUGUAAUAUCCUGAAAUUGGAGAUAUAUUGGCCAAUAUUGGAUCUAUUGUAGAAGUUCUAUUUUUAAUUGAAUUUUUAAUUUAUAAAAUAAAUGAAGAAUGCCUUAUUCGUUCUAUGUAAGAGUAAAUUUUAUCUUUUUAUUAUCCUGAAUUAGAGUAUAUUAAAUUCAAAAAAAAUUGCUUUGGUCUAAUUACAAAAUGUUCUUUAUACUCUUAAGAUAUAAAUCCAAAAAGUUAUAUCAAAUUCAAAAAUAAGAUUUCUAAAUUAAUGAAUUGUAAAUUUAAUUAUUUGAAUUUGAUCUAUGAAGUCUCAAGACUUUAAUUUCUUAUACAAUCUAUCAUUAGAAAAGAAGAAAUUUAUUAAUCUCAUUAAGUUGGAAUAAAAUUAUAAUUAGAAAAAGAAUCAGAAAAUGAUUAAAUGUAUAAUUUGAAGGAUGAAGAUAAUGAAGAAGGAUUAUUAGAUUCAGGUAAAAUAAUUUAUGAAAGAAAAUUGACAUAUAAAGAUUCAUUGUUAUUAAGUAGUCUUAAUAGAAAUUUAAACCUUGAAGAAGAUUAUAUAGAUUAAGAGUUAAUUUCAGAUAGAAACUUUUUUGAAAUAAAUAGAAUAAAUAGAACAAAGAUAUGA